AUGUCUGCCGGUAGUGCCGCGUCCCAUCCGGUGGCGAGCCAUGCUGGAAACAGUCGCAGCGGUAGUUUCACAAUGUAUCACUUUGCCUCCUUCGCCGCUAUGGAGGUCACAGUGACGAUUGUGCCUCGUUUCACCAUGCCACGCAUUUCAACUGCAUUUGGUGGUCGCUACGGGCCCUUUACACCCAACUUCCCCACCGAUGUGCCGCUGUGGCUUGCGCUCCACAUCCGACAGACGGACACUUGCACUAUUCAACCGCCACCGUACGUCGCUUUGCCGCAUCUUCGCCAGGUGCUGGAGAGAGAGAAGGAAAAUGAAACAACAUUCGAAGCACUUCCCUUCUACUUCUUCGAGGUGGUUAAGAAGUUGUGCGAAGUCAGUGCCGCUGCGGAAGAUGUUCCACACGUAGCGGAGGUAGUGCGGCUCGUUGAUGAAGUGCGUGCAGUGCGGAGACGGAAACUCCAACAGAGCAUGUCAGUGUUUGAAGCGGAGGGAUCACCCGUGUUUAUACCCGGCAUUAAGCUAUCAAAUAUCGUGAACCACGAACUUCAAUACUUGCGCACGUCCUUUGCAAUAGUGCUACAGCAGUCUGCAGAUAUGAAGCAGAGACGAGAGCAAGACAUUGGUGGACCCAUAGAAAGCGUCCCAACACCCAUCCGAACAAGUGGGACGGCGCUGUCGUAUACGCCCCUGUCAACAGCCGCUGCAGCCGAGGGGCGUUUGUUGGAUUACGCAGCAACGAGGAGUAGCGAUACACACGACUCUCUGUCAACCUCAGCAGCAGCGGAGCAGGCAAUAUUCACCCCUGAAAACACUUUCACAACCGACGGUACCCCGUCGGUUGCUGAUGCGACGGAAACGGGAACGGCGAGCAUGUCAGAGGAGAUUUCAGGACCACCAGUGAAGAAGCGGCGGACGCUAAGACAGACGUAA